UGGCUAGUUCAUUUUGCAGCUUCGUGCAAGGUUUUUUUCUGAUCGCCUAGAUCUCGACUUUAUUUGCAGAAUUCCGCAGCUGGCAUACUCUAAUUCACACCUUGGGUAGCUUGUGCAUAUACUUAUCAUCAAAUACAAGCCGGAAAAUGUCUGACUUUGGUGAUGACGAUGUUGGUGGUGGCGGUGACGACAACGUCUUCGACGAGGAUGAGGUGACCGAAUUCUACGAGCCAGAAGUUCCCGAAGAGGGUGAUGGCGAUGAACUCGAGAAUGGUGACGAGGACAACAUUGUCGUCUCCGGCGACCCUUCUGCCGCCGCCAAUGCGCAACGCGAUCAGCUCUCCGUCAAGGACAAGAAGAUUCCCGACUCGGAGCGAAACACAACGCCCUACAUGACCAAGUAUGAGCGCGCCCGUAUCUUGGGUACCCGCGCACUGCAAAUUAGCAUGAACGCGCCCGUAUUGGUCGAUUUGGAGGGUGAGACGGAUCCUUUGCAGAUUGCUAUCAAGGAGUUGCGUGAAAAGAAGAUUCCCCUGAUUGUGCGAAGAUACAUGCCUGAUGGAUACUACGAGGACUGGACCUGCGAAGAGUUGCUUCAGUAAACAAUGGAGCCGAUUCGAGUGAAUAGCGGCUGAUUGAUGCGAUGCUGCGGCAAGCGACUGGCGAUGGUGGUGCAGCCCUGAACAUGAUACAACUGGGCUCACGUAUCCCCAACCCCAGAGAUUGCACGCUGUGGCGUAUUCUAACCAGAAGACUCUUUUCACUGUGGUUUGUGGAUUUCUCAGGGCUGUAUUUCAAUGCAUGAGCGUGGCGUUAACCUUUUUGAUAUUACAAUUGGCAUGUAAUUUACCAACACAAGAUAUAAGGAUUCUAAAAAAUAGGGAAAAUUUGAUUUAUUAGACGCAGCUGAUCUGAACACAAUAUCAAGGUGACUGAC